AUGGUAUACAUUAGCAACAUUUCCCACCCCAUCAACCAAAAAUUGGUAGCGAAGCAGUACAAGAUCAGUCUAGGCAAGCUCCAAAAGAAUUUGGCUGCUGAUUUCAAGGAAGACAGUAAGUACCGCUUCUACCAAGGCAAACACAUGGAGUCGCACCUAUAUGAGGGAAUCCAGCCUGCUGACUUCUACGACAAGCUUGAGAACGUGCUUGCAACCCAGAAGUCUGCCUUCAAGGUCAACAUCGCUCUUGGAUACAAGCUUGUCAGCAGAACCGAUGACAGCGAGACUCGCUACUUCCACCCGAAUAUUAGCAACACAUCUGUAUUUAGCACUCCUGUGGCUAUCAACAGCAAGGCUGAUAUUCGUAAGAAGGUGAUCUCGGAGAUUCGCUCCAUGGAGUUGGCUGACAAGCUCAACUACCCCAGAUCCGGGUACAUGGUGAAGGGUAUUACUGGCUUCAAAAUCUAUAUCUACCAGCGCGACCAUGCGCUGGGCGAUAGUGAGGCUGUCAUUCCUAAGGUGAUCCGCGAUAACAAGCACGUCAUCAACUUCCCCAAGACGAAUAACAAGUGUGUCUUCCACUGCAUUGCUUAUCACAAGCAGGAGGGGGCGAAGAAGGAUCCACGCAGAAUCCAGGCUCUGGUGAAACAAGCCUUCAAGCAGUACUGUUCGUACAAGGAGAUCACCUACACUCUGGGUCUGUUCCGCAAUUUCAAGCCUAUCGAUAUUCUCCAAUUCGAUGAGCUUGAGGAGUGCUUCAAGCUGAACAUCAACGUCUUCACCAUGGAUGUUGAGACGGGCAAGGUUGAAUGCAUUCGCCGCUCGGACAAGGACUAUGAUUCGAUAAACAUCCUGUCGCACGAGAAUCACGCUCUCUACAUCACGAACAUUGAUAUGCUCCAGCAGAAGUACCAAUGCUCCAAGUGUGAGAUGGUGUUUGUCAGCUCUGAUAAGCUACGCAACCACACCAAGAACCAGUGUGAACUCGUGAACAUCGAAUCGUUCCCAGCUCAGCCAACCAUCUACCAACCCGCUCCGAAUAGCAUUCGUUCCAAACUGACUAAGUACUCCAUCGAGGAUGCUGACCAUUACAUCGAUCACUUCAUUGUAUAUGAUUUUGAGGCUAUCCUCAAGCCUACGGGUGUCAAACACGGAGAGAAUACUAUCUUCACAGACGAACACAUCCCUGUGUCUGUUUCCGUAGCCAACAGCUUGACUGAGGAGGUGCGAUGCUUUGUCAGCGAUGAUCCAAAGGAGUUGCUCAAGGAUAUGUUCCAGUACAUCGAGGAAGUUGCGGCUAAGAUUCAGCGUUAUAACGUCUCGAAGUAUGAGACUUUGCUACACAAGAUCAUCAACGUCCAUGGUUUGACUGACGCUGAGGUUCCUGGCCUAGACUUGGGUAAGACGUACAAGAUGGAAGAUGUCAAUGCUUGGAUUCAGAACGGAGAUUUUGCUAGUUUCUUCGAUCUCCACAGCAAGCUCACAUUCGGUAAGAAGCGCUCUGACUAUGGUAAGCUGAAGCAGUGCAUUGAUCAGGUACCAGUACUCGGAUUCAACUCUGGACGAUACGACAUCAACCUUAUCAAGGCGGACCUGUUUGCAGUCAUCGGUACUGACAACAUCACAUCAGUCAGCAAGAACCCUAGCUACAUGUGCAUCGCCACGUCAGACAUGAAGAUGCUUGACAUUAGCAACUAUGUUCCGGCAGGCACCAGCUAUGCAAAGUACUUGUUGACAUAUCUCGGUGAGUGCAAGUGUGAUGACAAGAUUCGAUGCGUCUGUGGCCUAGGAAAAGGUAUCUUCCCCACUAGCAUCAGUGAUGAGGACUUUGCGCGGGUACAGUUCGUAUGGGGACACUAUGGCAUGAAGUCAAUCAAGGAUCUACUCAUUUGGUACAACAACCUCGAUGUAGUCCCCUUCAUCAAGGCCAUCAAAGCCCAGCGAGAACUAUUCAAACGUUUCGAACUUGAUAUGUUCGCUGAUGGUGUGUCGCUACCUGGUCUCUCUGAGAAAGUCAUGUAUCAGACGUGCUUCAACAACCUCCAGCAACCAAGUAAGGAGCCUGCGGAAGCGUUUGACUUUCCCACUAGUCGCUUAAGUGGAUAUAAGACCCAGGAUGCUGAUGCCGAUCGCGAAUUCAAUAUGACGCUAGAACACGUCAACGACUUGCUAGAGCGACAAAAGUACCUGUGCGGGUUAUGCUACAAGCAACUCACAGCUGAUACUGCCUCGGCCGACCGAAUCAAUAACAAGCUCGGACACAUCGAUGGCAAUAUCUUGAUCAGCUGUGUGGGAUGCAAUGUUGCUCGCAAGAACAUGUCGCUAAAGGGCUUCCGCCAUAAGAAGCUACUUGAAUUCAACUCAGACAGGUUGGUGUACAGUAUCGAUAGAGAGGAGAAGGACAUCUACACCAAGAUGAAGGCGAACAUUGCUGGUGGUCCUUCUAUCAUCUUCAACAGAUACGCAAAACGCAACGAAACUAAGAUUCGAGGGGGUAAGAUCUGCAAAAAGAUCAUCGGCUACGAUGCUAAUGCUCUGUAUUUGUGGGCUCUUGGUAACGAGAUGCCAUGUGGACGGUUGACCACCAUCGAGGCAUACACAGGGAUCGUCGAUGAUAUUGUAAAUGGCAAGAUCUUUGGCUUCCUAGAGUGUGAUAUCCGUACACCAGAGCAUCUCAAACCCUAUUUCAGUGAAAUGACCCCAAUUUUCAAGAACACCCUUAUCGACUGCAGCGAUCGGAGUGUCAUCGGUCUGCACAUGUUCGAGUACAACGAGGGGUGCAAGCAAAGCCGAGCAAAGCCGGCUCGCAAACUCAUCGGGAGCUACUUUGGUGAGAAGAUCCUCAUUUAUGCACCGCUACUCAAAUGGUACAUUUCUCAUGGCAUGGAGAUCACCAAGACUUACAGCUUCAUCAGGGCUAGCUCUCACAAGGCGUUUGCUCCAUUCAUGGAAGCCGUAUCGAACGCGCGACGGGAAGGUGAUGCCGAUAAGUCUAAGGCCAUGAUUGCUGAGAUGAUGAAACUAGUAGGUAAUUCAGCGUUCGGUCGCAGUGGCAUGGACAUGAGCAAGCAUAAGGAGGUCAAGUAUGAGUCGGAUGAGAAGGCAAUUAAAUCAAAGAUUGAGCACUUCACCUUCCAUGGAAUGGAAGAGUUGAAUGAUUCAUGUGAAUUCACAAUGAAGAAGAGAAAGCUCAACAACAAGAACCCAAUUCAUCUCUCGAUUGCAAUCUAUCAGCUCGCUAAGCUCCGCAUGCUUGAGUUCUACUACGAUUUUAUUGACUUCUACUUCGACCGCUCAAAUUUUCAGUAUCAGGAGAUGGACACCGACUCUGGCUACAUCGCUUUCAGCUGUGAAAAGCCAUUUGAGGAGUGCAUCAAGCCUGAGCUUCGUGAGCAUUUUCAGCAGCACAAGUAUGAGUGGUUCCCGCGCGACUAUAAUGAGACUGUAGCCAAGUUUGAUCGUCGAACCCCUGGUUUAUUUAAGGAAGAGUGGUCUGGUGAUGCUAUGGUAUCAUUGUCCUCUAAGAACUACAUUUGCUACCUACCAGAUGAAUCUUACAAGGUCAAGGUUUCAGCGAAGGGAGUCCAGCAGAGUGCUGGACGCAAUGGCGACGUCCUCAACCCAGAUGGCUUUGAAUCAGUUGUUCGCGAUCGCAUCACGCUACAGGGUACCAACAAGGGGUUUAGACUCAGUAAGGAGACUAUGUUCUUUUUCAACCCCCGCAUCAUCGCCAGUUCAGGCGGCAGCUAUGGAGACAACAGCGAUCUCAACAUUGCUGAGCUCAAGUCCAUCAUGAAGAAUCUAAUCAUCCAUGACCGACCUCAACAGACCCAAGCAGCAGCAUGGGCUACUGACCUCGAUAAGUCAAUCAAGAAGGUGGAAGCAGCUACCCAAACGGAAGGUGGACGGGUAUGGGCGUACCAGCCGAAAAAAAAGUCGAAGAGCGUGAAAACCUUUGCUCUAUAG